GAACGUUUCGUGUUGUGUGCCUCUGUGACAGAGAAAAAAAACAAUUCACGUAAGAUUUUUUCUGAUCAUAUAUAGUAUCAGGGAUUGAAGUUCUAUCGGUUUUGAAUGACUGUGCCGAUUAAUUAGUCCUUAAUUAAAAUGUAGUUAACGUUCUUAGUUUGAAGUUUUCGUAUCAGAUAAGAAAAUAAACCUAAUUAUCUCAGAGUUUAUAAAUUAUUAUGUAAAAAUGGAAUAUAUUUUCUACCGUUAAUGCAUUAACGGCGGUUAAGACAUUGUCGGAUAUAUAUUUGUCGUAACAGAGCACAGAGUACUAUAUAGUGCAGCAGGGUACCGGCUGCGAUUGUUGGCGCGUGUGGCUUUUCGCCGGAGUGAUAACGGAUUCGGAAUCGCCCACGGGAUCGUAUCGUAAUGAAUUGGUAGAUUUCCACGAUGCGUCGAGUAAAUAACGCGUGUUACAAUCGAGCGAUUUCGUGUUGCAUAAUGGUCGAGAAGUAUCGUCGCUAUAGCGAUCGCUUGGGAAUUAUGUAUAUGUAUUGUUGUGUGCAUACAGUAUUAAAUGUAUGUAAUUAAAACGUGACGAGUCGCCGAAUAUUUAGGUUAUUCUGAAGCUUAUGUGAUAUUUAUUGAAUGAGGAAGAUUAAUUAUCGCUGAAGCUGCAUAAUGUGAAAUGAAUCAGCUGAUUAUGAUAAAAAUGUAUCAUAAUCGUUGAGAUCACAGUGCAAGAAGAGAAAAGAGACUAUUAUCGGAGUAGUCAAAAUAUCAAUCUUUGGUACAUAACUUGAAAGACAAAAUGUCCCAACUAAGCAUCAGUACCGGCAAACGGGGAAGAGGCGUUGCGAGUACCUCUGCGUCAACUGUAUCCGCAUUGAGCAGCUCCACGGACUUGGCGAGCCUCUUUGAGUGCCCAGUUUGUUUUGAUUAUGUGCUUCCACCAAUCUUGCAAUGUCAAAGUGGACAUCUUGUUUGCACAAAUUGUCGACCAAAACUUUCCUGCUGCCCUACGUGCAGGGGCCCACUGGGUAACAUCCGUAAUUUGGCUAUGGAAAAAGUGGCAAGCAACGUCAUGUUUCCCUGCAAGUAUUCCACCAGUGGCUGUACAGUUUCACUGGUGCAUACCGAGAAAGCAGACCACGAGGAUACAUGCGAGUUCCGUCCAUACAGUUGUCCUUGCCCAGGUGCAUCCUGUAAGUGGCAAGGAUCGCUGGAACAAGUGAUGCCUCAUCUUAUUAUGAGUCAUAAGAGCAUUACGACCUUACAAGGAGAAGACAUUGUUUUUUUGGCAACUGAUAUUAAUCUCCCGGGAGCUGUGGAUUGGGUAAUGAUGCAAUCUUGUUUCGGUCACCACUUUAUGUUAGUACUCGAGAAACAAGAGAAAUAUGACGGACAUCAACAGUUUUUUGCGAUUGUACAAUUGAUCGGUUCCAGGAAGCAAGCAGAGAAUUUUGCUUACAGACUAGAACUGAAUGGUCAUAGAAGACGUCUCACGUGGGAAGCGAUGCCGCGUUCUAUUCACGAGGGUGUAUCGUCUGCAAUUUUAAAUUCUGACUGCCUUGUAUUUGACACCUCCAUUGCGCAGUUAUUCGCUGACAAUGGAAACCUAGGUAUUAAUGUUACGAUUUCUAUGGCCUGAGGAAAGCCAGAAAAGGCAAUGUAAA